CAAAGCCAAGGCGCAGUCUGCCAACAAGUCGCUAGUUUCACUACGCAACCCUCGCUGGCAAAACGUCAAGCCAGAUGAAGGGGUUAUUCAACAAGAUCUUUGGAGCAGAGAGCAGGUGCUGCCAGGUCCCAACAGAGUUCAGUUGGAGUUCUAUAUAAAACAGGCUUUAUUGCUAAAGGGACUGCAAGGAGAGCUUAAGUUCCUUUGACAUUCUUUUCACCUUAAGGUUAAAUUAAGGAUGUUUUUCUUUUUAGAAACCAGUUCUAAAUGUAAUCCUUAGCUAGGGACGAGACUUUCUAAUUUAUUUACCUUCGAAAGGAAUCGUCGCAGUUCCACUCGCACAGACAACACAUUCUCCGGUUGUCUCUCUCUGAUGUCAGUUCAUUGCGAACAGAGGGUUCGUAGGUGAGAGCGAGGCAACAACAACAGCGCAAUUGGCUUGGAGGAAGCUGCUGCGCAGUUUGCGGAAAACAAGAAGAGGAGAAUUCAAGAAGGAGGAGAAAACCACAAAACUAGUCUAAACUCUGUGAAUUGAAGUAAAACAAUUGAAAUGGCAGCCAUAGCAGCAUUACCAACGGCGACGCUGCGGCGCAACAACAACAACAAAGGGAACAAAUCCCGUCGCAAUGAGCGUAAUAUCCUGACAUUUUACGAGAAGAUUGCCGUAAUCCGUUACUAUGAGGAGACCAAUAUCUCUAGGAACAGCCUGGCCAAGAUGUUCCACUGCUGCGCCACCCAAAUACGUCGGAUUCUGGAGAAGAAGAAGGAGCUGCUCCAACAACUGGCCACCUUGAGCGAAGCUGAUGCGUCCAUUAUAAUUGAGGAGAUGACGCGCAAGCGUCGAAAGUUCGAAAUGAGCGCCAUUAGUUUCCUACUCCACGAGUGGGUGGAACGAUGCCGGCAACUCCAUCUAAACCUGAGCAUCCGAAACCAGAAGCUGAAGGAAACCGCUCUACGGAUGGCUGCAGUUCUGAACCUGCCCUCCUUUAGACCCUCCUACCGCUGGCUGAAUCGCUUCCGCGGAAAGUACAAGUACGAGGAGGACGACUUGGGCUACCAGGGCGAGAAUCCCAUCGCACAAGACCUGCCCGUCGAAGAGAUCAUUGUGGAGUUUAAGCAGGCUCUGCCUAACUUCAUGCAACGCGAGCUGUCCGACUCGGCUGAAGGGGACUCCAACAACCAAGAACUAUUGCCCAAAUUACCCGACUUGGUUAAUCUGUCCAGCGAGAACAGCCUGAUGUCUGACCACCUCGAAGAGGGCGAUGAGGAAGUCGUGGAGGUGGUCACCUGUGAGCCCAGUAUGAUGGAUUCACCGGCCAGCAUGGCGGACGAACAGGAAGCCCCCGCCGAAGAGCAGCCCAAUUCGGAUGAGCAGAUGAUUGCCGGCACCAGCACCUUGCUCAACGGCGUCUUUCCCCACCUAGCCAUCAUCCACCAGUUCGCUCUAAUGAACUCGGACAUUAAAGCCUUGGAGUUGAUCUCACAGUUGGGCGUGCAUAUGCAACAGCAGGCUGCUUCGGGAGCUUACCGCACCCUAUCGCUGGCCACGAGUUCAGAGUCUGGAGGGAAUCCAGAUAUUAGCUCUCUGCCGGAACUGCCACCGGGCAGUAUCUAUGCAGACAUCGAUGACAUUGAGCUGAUAGAGUAAGAGCACCAAAUACCAAGUCGUAUCCUAAGCUAGCCUUAACUUCAAUGCCAUAAUAUAUGCCGUUUAUUUAGAGAAGUACGGAUUUUAAGUUAUUUUAAGAUGUGCGAUCAAGUCUAUUGUCAACCGAGUUGAAUUACAA